UUGAUUGGCUGACGGGAUCGGUGACGUCAGACGCGAAACGCCGGGCCUACCGCGGGAGCGUGAGGGCACUACGGAUUCCAUUCGGAGGCAUCUUUGAGCUCGCCGAGUAGACACCAUGAGCAAAGCUCACCCUCCCGAGUUGAAAAAAUUUAUGGACAAGAAAUUAUCAUUGAAAUUAAAUGGUGGCAGACAUGUCCAAGGAAUAUUGCGGGGGUUCGAUCCGUUUAUGAAUCUUGUGAUAGAUGAAUGUGUGGAGAUGGCAACUAGUGGGCAACAGAACAAUAUUGGAAUGGUGGUAAUACGAGGCAAUAGUAUCAUCAUGUUAGAAGCCUUGGAACGAGUAUAAACAAUGGGUGUGUUCAUGAGAAGAAAUCAACUGCUUCCACGUGUUCCCUCUCCAUAGUACCUGUUUUACAACAAUAUAAAAAUCAGGUCCUGUGCAUUUUCAUAUUGAACUUUUUUGUUAAAUAAACUUUUAUAAUAGUCAAAA